AUUUGUUCUCCGUCAUGUUCCCGAGCUCUCGGCGCCUAGGGUUCCAUGGCCGGCGACUCUUCGCUCCCGGCCAUGGAGGCGCCUCUGGUAGGAGGGCGGGCAGUGGCUCGCUCCCAGGGUCGACGCUCGCCGCUUAGAAGGGAUCCGUGGCGACGGAUCGGCCCCGGCUGCGCACCUCGCACCAGACCGCAAGGCCCAUCGGAGUAGGGCGGGCAGUGGCUCGCCACCGCCGGGGAGGCGGGGAGUCGGCCUGCGGACGCCCCGCCGCUCGCCACUGGACAAUCGGAUCGGUCCCCCGCUCGGCCGCCAAGUCUUUGGCGGCCGCGGCCUCUGCAACCCGUGGCCUCCGGCGGGAAUGGCGGCGCGCUCGGCUCGCGGAUCCAUGAAGCCGGACCCCACACCGCCGCCUCUCGCCGCCGGGUAAGGGUGAGGGUGAGGGCGACACCCAUAUCGGGUCCCAAUCCACCGCCGGCGGCCACCAUGGAACGACGCGGCCCAUUCGUGCUCCGCCACCACGGCAAGCAGCAGCGGGCGUGGCGGCGCCGGCCCCCUCAAUGGGUCGAUGGCGGCCACGUCUGCGGGUGCCUCCACGCCAUGGCUUCCUCCUCAACCACCGGGCGAGCAGCAGCGGGAGAGGCGGCAUCGGCCUGUUGCAAGGUGAUGCUUGCUGGAUUUGCUGGUUUUGCUAUUGAGUAUACUCAUCUGAUAUUGCUCUUGUUAGUUUUGCAGUCUAUAUGUGCUGAAGUUUGCACAGAUUUCGGAAACAACUUUGAUGCUGAAUUAUUCAAUGGACUGUGCAAGUUUGCGAACAAGGUCAAGGAGUCGUUCCUGAGUUCAGUAUCUGACAUGAGACAUUUUGGCCAUCUAAGGGGAGAAGUUGAUGUCUUAGAUUUAUGAUUUGGCAACAUGUUUCUUUAUUAUUGUGAUCUGCUGCUGUCAGUAUUGGGCAUCUCGUAUGACCUAUAUUAACCUAAGCUAUGUAACAAGGAAGACAAGUAAUUCAUGGUCUCAUGUAAGGUGAUGACAUUAUUGCGUCUGUUUCCUCCAAGCAAAACGAUCAGAAGCUUUAAGUUACUGUCACGGGCAUUUCCAC